AUUACUAGAAAGCAUUGAGGAAUGUCUUCUUCAGAAUCAGAUGAUCUUGAAGGAUUUUUUGCUUCUCUGCGACCAAACAAAGAUAAAGAUAAGUUCCGAUUGUCAUCUGGGAGUUUGGAUGAGUUUGUGGUCAGUGAUGAUCAUGUGUCAUUUGAUGAGGAGGAUUCUCACAGUGACAUAGAAUCUCCUAAGAGGACCCAGGAUUCUCAAGACAAGGAUUUGAAGAAAACUAUUGACAUGAUUUCUCAACGAUCUUCGAUACACAUUAAGGGAAAAUAUGACGGAAAACAGAAAAAAAUACAAUCUUCUAAUGAUAUUGAGAUUGAUUUUUCUGCUUUGCGAAUAUCACGAAAAAAUGAAGACGAUUCAUCUACAUCUGAGAGUAGUGAAGAAUAUAUCUCUCCCAAUGAAGAGCAUGUUUCGGAGAAACCUAAUAAAUUACUCGCGAAGAAUUCAUCACAUGAUAAUGACAAUAGCAACCAAAAUGGUGAUUUCUGCAAGCCUUCUCCUGAGAAUACCUUAUCUUCAAACAUCGGCAAUGAUUCUCUGCAGAACACCAAUAAUAAUGUUUCCCUCGAGUUGAAACUGACUUUAAGUCUAAGUGAUUCUGACUUAUCUGGUGCAGAUUCAGCUGAAGAUAAAGAUAAGGUUGUAUUUUCAGCUGAUAAGGAGUCAUCUGAUAGUGAUGAAGCAGGGGAGGAUGCAGAAAAAUCUAGAAGAAAUACUCGAAAAAAGCAAAGUAGCGUCGGCUCUCAACAAAACACCAAUGAUAACAUUUCGCCUGUAUUAAAACUGACUUUAAAUCAAAGCGAUUCUGAAUUCUCUGGCAUAGAUUCGAUUAGAAAAGAGGAUGAGGAUGAAUUAUCAGCCGAUAAGGAGUCAUCUGAUAGUGACAAAGUAGAUAAAGAUGCAGAAGAAUCUAGAAGAAAUAUUCGAAAGAAGCAAAGUAGCGUCGGAGAAAAGUUUUUCAAACCUGCAUUGAAUAAUAGUCUUUCCAAACGAAAUACCAACUCAAGGAAUAAGAAAUCUGAAAUGAAGCAUUUGGAUGAAUUACGAAGACGUGGGAGCUUUACUCCUCGAUCUUCGUCAGUUGCUAAGAACUCAAACAAAAAGUCAGUGGCGACACCCAGGAUUGUUUUUUCUUCCGACGAUACCAGUGAUGAAGAGUGUGAUGUUUUUCAAAAUGUUGAUAUUGUAAAAAAUCUCGUACCAGACGAAGUUAAAAAUGAUCCUAUUAUUCUUGAAGAAAGGCAUAAUAAUAUAACUCUAAAUAAGCCUGGAAAAACUAAAUGUAAAUCUUUGAAAAAGUCACCGAGGGUUCUGUUGCCUGAUGAAGACUUUUCUAGUCUAUUAGACGAAUGUGAUACGUCUGGUUUCAAAACUAAAAGAAAUAAUAAAAAGUCAUCUCGAAUACUUUUACUUGCUGACGAUAAUGUACCAACUUAUAACAUAAACUCUUCCACAGGUAAAUUUUCUAGCUUGUCAUUAGAAAAGAAACCUAAUCUUGGAAUUUAUGAAAAUGAAACUGCUUCGGCAAACAAAACAAAUAGCAAGAGUCCCGCAAUUGAUACAAAGAUUUGCUCGAAACUUUGUGGUGAUAUUGAGACAACUUCUGCUUCUGAAAAUGGCUUGAGAGCUCAAGAAAUAAGCCCAGAUGCAUCUUCAGAAAGGGAAGUUCCUGGCUUUCUGCUAUCUGAUGAAGAGAUUGUGUCAUCAGCUCCAAACACUGGACAAAAUCAGCCAUCUAACCGAGCAAAAUCAAUCAUAUCUUCAGCUAAGAAGACAUCAAGGAUUCUAGUAAUAUCAAGCGAUGAUUCUGAUAAUUCUGAUCUCGAUAAUGAUGUUAUCUUUAUUGAUGAAGAUACUGAUAGCAGAGAUAAGGAGAAUUUAGAUAACAAUAUUUUUGAAUCACCUUUAAAUUCUAAUAUUGAAACAGAUUCUGUCUUUGAUAGUCCAGUUAGUUCAUCGGAGAAAAAAAUUUCUAAUCCAAUUUCAGAUUUGAAAGAUCCUGAAGAAGACGAUUAUACUCCUCUUGUUGCUAGAAUUAAUGGUGGGAAGUCAUCUGCUCUCAAAGAUAUACAAAAUCAGGAUUUUAUACCACCAAGGCGUAAAAUAUCGGAACCUAAUUUGGAAAGAAAAACAUUUACGCCUCUACGAAAACCGCCAAAAUUAUGCUACACUGAAAAACCUGUUAAACCAAAAACUGUAAAUUUAAGAAGCAAUGGUAUCCCUACUAACAUACCAUCCAAUUGUGAAAAAGGUGCUGGUUUUAAAAGGCGACGAGAGUUGGUCACUAAAAUUCUUUACGAUUUUUUCAAUAAAACUAUUUUCAUGGACCGUUUACCAAAAGAUAUGAUCGUGGAAUGGGAUAAACGACUUACCAAAACAGCUGGUGUUACGAAAUGUUCAUCAAGAACUGUAACCUCAGUUGAAAACGGUAUUCGAUGUGUCAGUAAAACGUACAAAGCAAUGAUAUCACUUUCAGAAAAGGUUUUAGACACGCUACAUCGAUUGCGAGAUACUUUAUGCCAUGAAAUGUGCCAUGCCGCUGUAUGGUUGCUCGACAAUCAGAAUGACGGCCAUGGUCCUUAUUGGAAAGCAUGGGCUCGCAAAGCUACAUCCGCACACCCUGAAAUGCCAGUGGUAAAACGAUGUCAUAGCUAUGACAUCACAUACAAGUUCCACUACCAGUGCACAACUUGUCGUAAAAUUUACGGCCGACAUUCAAAAUCGAUCAAAGUGGAUAAACAAGCUUGUGGCAUAUGCCGCGGUAAACUUGUCUUGCUGCCACCGACAAAAUCUGAUGGCACGCCAGCAAAAACAAGACAGCCGAAUAAGUUUGCUAUGUUUGUUAAGGAGAAUUAUAAAACAGUACAACGGGCCAACUCAGUAAGAGGAAUGACUCCGAAGCAUUCGGAUGUUAUGAAGGCUCUCAGUGAAAAAUUUGCUACUCUGUCGACUAAAAAAUAAACUGUAUAGAUGCUCUGGUAGCUUAUGUGAUUAUUCUCGUUCAAUUGUCAGCAUAUUAAUGUUAUCUAAGGGAAUUAUUCCCAUGCUUCAUUUGGACUGGCAACUGGACAAUAGGCUGCAGUUUGUUGUGUGAUUAGGUCAUCCUUCCCUCCAUGGAAUAAAUAUGAGAAUUUCUUCUUUAUUGUGAUAUUUCUUUUUCUUAAUCAACUUUUUGUUGUCUAUCGAUAUGUUUUUGUCCUUAUUUUACAAUUGAUUUAAUAAGUAGGGUUCUCAGAUACAUUUCAUCUGCCUUUAGGGAUGUUAUAUAAGGAUAUUUUACAAUUAUUCUUUUCACAUUCAAUUAUAUUUGUUCAGUUUCAUGAAUAUGAAUUGCUGAAAAACGUAUGGAAUAUGAAUUCGUAAAUAUUUGAUACAUGUCAAAAUUUGUAACAAAUUGGAUGAAAAGAUCUAACAUCGUGAUAUUAAUUAGAUGGAUUUAAAAAACAUUUCCUAAUAUUAUUAUUAUUAUUAAGAUUAUCAUUUAAUCUCUGCCUACUGUUUUGACUCAUAGGUAGGCUACAUAUAGCAAUGCUUUGUAGUUUAAUUGAUUUGUUGCUGUUAAAUAAAAUUGUUCAUCAUGAUUCUUACUCUCCUAGAUAAACCAUUUUAUAGAUGGAUGGCAAAAGUGCUUUUGAUGUUUGAUGAUUCAAAUUUACACAAAAUGACAAUUCUUAGUAAUAUAUUUAUUGUUCCGCUGUCUUCUCCAUGUCUCUUGUUUCAUAUCGGCUAAAUGAUGCUAAAAGCUUGAUGUUAUUGUCUUGUAUUGUGUAAUUUUGUAUUCAAUAUUACCUCAAAUACAAAUCUGACCUGACUGCCAUUUUUUCAUCUUUAUAAGAAA